CUUGUUCUAUACACGUGUAGGUUUUUGGCAUUAGCCUUCAAGCAUCAUUUUGCGGAGAGAUUGGAAAACUAGAAAUUAAAACAAUAUUGUUCAUAUCUUUGUUCUUUUAGCCCUUCAGUAAUGAAUUAUCUUAGUCGCGUCGCAUCUAGGCUCGACAGCAUCGUUGAAUAGCCGAGCGCAAAAUAUUUGUGUUUUAAGGUAAAUUUUGGAAAACAGAUGCGAAGACGGAAAGGAUAGGGGAAUCCAGGGCGAGAUAUUGUGGAGUGGGCCGGACCAAAAGACUACGUUUGAACUAGGUCAAAAGCAACUUAAAAUAUUAAUGGCCAAAGAGAAUUAAUUUUUUUUUUUAAAUUUAAUGUUGUGUGCGUUUGUCCUGACGAAUUGUAUCUGUUGUUAUAGUGAUGUUUACUAUUUACUUACUGGUGUCAAAACUCAUUCACCUUGGCUAUUAAACCAAUGAUUUUCAUGGAAAUGGAGGAGAACUUGUUCUAUUGUUAGUCUGUUUUUCUAUGCGCCGAUUCACUUACAAGAUUUCUCUUGACAAGAAAGUUAGCGUUUGAAUUUGCAGUUAUAUUAUAAAUAGGGGUGAAAGAAUUUUCUAGCAACGCCCACAAAACAUUAUCAUGGUACACUCUAGGGGUUGUUUUCGAACUUUCCGACGAGCACCCCCGUCCUUUUUAUAUGGGAUUCCACCCGGGUGGCAAUGGUGUCCUGAUCUGACCGUUCUGCUUUGUGCGUAAUCCGACUUAAACAUAACCUGUUUGCCUACGUCUAUAAUUCUAGACCGCUCUGUUGUGUAGGAGAAAACCGGGUUUGAGUAGCGUAACAAACAAAAAUAACUGAAAGAAAGAAGGAAAGAAAGGCCGUGGAUCAUUCGGGAAUAGAAGCUGGAAUGUCAGUUCCGAUUUGAAUUAAUCGCGUGCAAGGAUCUGUAUACGUAAUCAGAAAAUUUCCCCUCAGUCAAAGGAAAAGAAGCUAAAAGAGGUUUCGCUGCGCUGGUCUGUGUCAGCGCGCCACAUUCGAUUCCACAUGCGAGCCUGCGAUCAGUGAAGCCGCUGAUUAUGGCGGCUGUUGGGGAGCAGUUUUGUUUAUCUCUAAAUUUCAGCUCGGAAAAGCUUGGUCCAGAUGUUCUUUGGUAUAAUCCACCACAGCAGUAUAAACUACGCUGCAAUGGCGACACAGGAUUAAAAGUUUUAUCGAAAGGACAAACAGAUUUUUGGAAGAGAACUUACUACAACCCAGAAAUCAUUAAAGACAAUGGGCAUUUGCUUCAUCUUGUGGUCAAACAGACAAAUAGCAUCAUAGAGACAUCAUUUGAACUAACAGCUGUGAACCAGUUUGAUCAGGCUGGUAUAAUGAUAAGAGUAGAUGGUGAUCAUUGGAUAAAGACAGGUUUAGAGUAUGUUGAUGGAGCAUGUUUCAUGAGUUGUGUAGUGACAAACUACUGGAGUGACUGGUCAACACAGGCCUGGAACAACAACAAAUUGGCAAUUAGAAUUCACAAGAUACAAGAUGAUUAUGUGAUUGAGAGUAAAUUACCAAACGGAAGCUCUGAUGAAUGGAAAUUUGUUCGAAUUUGUCAUCUGGACUCCAGAGGGAACGCAGUGAAGAUUGGACUGUACUGUUGUUCUCCUACUAAAGAGGGAAUGAGUGUGGUGUUCGAUCAAUUAAGCAUUCAACAUUCCGAUGGCUCAUAUAGUCACAAAGCUUCUUAGAAAUUAAAUCAUUUUGAACUUUAGAUAUAAUAAAAUUGAUUUUGAUUUUUCACAAUCCUCAAGGUAUGUUAAUACAUUCAUACUCAAAUUUAGAAUUGAAAAAAAAAAUCACUUUAUAUACAGUUGACACAGGGUUAGAUUGAUGGGGGCUGGGUGGGGGCAAAAAUUGGACUUGAGCACAAAACUUUUACUUUUAUAUCAUGCUAUUGAAAAUACCCCAUUGACAAGAAUUCAUCCCCUGCCCCCAAUAUUUAUUAUCUCCAUGUUUUUCAAGCUUAGAAAUCAAGCAUCAUGUAUAUAAAUUAUAUUUACCAGUUAGAAUGGGACUCAUAAAAUUCCUGGAAUUUGCCUUCAGAAACAAAAUCUAAAAUUUUUUGAUUAAAACCAAACAGAAUAUACAAUUUGUGGAAGAUCAUUGUUUUGACUUGUUGAGGAUUUAACAUUUUUUUCUUUGUCGUAUUACUUGUUGCAAACUGAGUACAUUUACUUCUGACAAUAUGAUCACAAGUUGACAUUUACCAUUUUUAAUUUUUUCCCUUACUUGAUGUUUGAUCCUAGUAAGUCUAGUAAUAUGUAGCCUGUGGUGGCUGCACACAGACGUGUCACAAAAUCCCCGGUAUGGUCUGUCCACCAACCCUAUACUGGUGGUUUAGACUGUCUGCGACGCAGGCUAAGUAAUACAACGUUUUUUCAAAACAAAGCAAAACAUUGUAAUUACUUUGUGUCCUAAUUCACACUUACAUUAUACAUGCAUUUUUGAUAACUGGUAUAUAUAGCUGAAAUUAUAAAGAAUUUGUUAUGUAUUAUUUAUUCAACUUUAGGAAACUUCAAAAAAAUAAAGCACAUCAGAAAACAAAUGUUUUGCCAUCUGUACUUAUCUUGAGUGACUGUAAAUAUUAUAAACAGAAAAAAUCAGCAUGUUUACAAAUUUUUGGCCCAUAUAAUAUCUAAAACUUAUAUUUGACAAAAUUAAAUUAGUCAGCGACUAGAUUUGCAAAUAUAACUGUUAGGAUAAGCGGAAAGGGCUAAUUAAAAGUACGUGUCACAGGUCAGAUCACAGGUCACAGGCUGGACAAAAUAAAACAAGUAAGUUACCGAUGUCACA